AUGAAACUUCUCAAUUUUGUUUUGUCAGGUUUGAUUGUUGAAGAGCUCAAAGAGGAAUCAUAUAAAUACGAAGCUUCUCUGCACAACGAAGGAGCACGAAACAAUUCUAAAUAUCCAGAAAACUAUGAAACAUGCAUGAACUUCGCUGGAGUUCUGAGGAGUUUCUUUCAAGUGUUAAAGGCCAGUCCAGAAGCAUCCUCUUCUGCAAUGAGAUUACAAUCAAAAGAAGUAUCAGAUGCAAAGAGUUCAAGAUCAACUGAUGUCAAAUGUGAUAUAUUUCUGAUUGGAGCCACUGCAGCUGGAGGCAUUUCAGGAUUACCUUCGUCAGUGAAGAAGUCGGAAUCAAAAGGUACAAACCAACCACAUGAACAGGGGAGAAGAAAUUAUUCGUAUCCGCCCAAUUACGCCUCACUAGUUCUAUUCUUCAAGCUUAUGAUGAAGGCCAUGCUAAUUGUUCUGGGAAUUGGCAUUUGGAAGAUAAAGAAAAUCCAAGAAAGGAAAGAGCGACAUAUAUGGGCUAAUCAGGUCAUGAAUGAACUGGUUCAGCAUACUUCUUUAUACAAGUAUCAAAAUACUGGACAAAAUCCCCAUCAACCAAACAAAGAUAAAGAAGAAUGUGAUGUUCCUAAUCCUAUCUUGUUAGACCAAGCCCCGUCUUCAACAGCUGAUCAUGUACCAUCUAAAGGUGGAAAUAAAAAUGUUGAAACAAAUCUGUCGUCCUCAAACCAAAACAAGUAUCAGAUAGAGAGUGAUCAGAAUCAACCAGCACAUGAUUAUGAACUUGGACUCAACAACGGUAAAGAGAGGAAGGGCAACAAACCGUUGGGAGAUAAGAAGAACGGAAAUUGUGAAGCAGAUAAAAAGCAGACACCACUAUUAAUUGCAGCAAAGAUGGGAGUGACAGAAAUGGUAAGAACAAUCCUAGACAAGUUCCCAGUGGCCAUCCAGGAUGUGGACUCUGAUAACAAGAAUGUCGUACUGUUAGCAGUUGAGAACAGGCAACCCCAUGUUUACAAUCUCCUGCGGAAGAGAAAGAUACUAAAAGAAAGCUUGUUGCGUCAGUUGGACAACCAAGGAUUUGCUGCAAUAUACAAAGCUGCCUGA